UCGGGUCCGGUUUAAUCUCGGGCUCCGCCGGAUUACGGUCGCAGGAUAGUCUCUAAUCCGCGGCACCGGCCACCGGGGGCUGCUCGCCCCAGCCCGCAGCAGAGGCACGGCGGAGAGGGGCAGAGCCUGAGCAGAGCCCAUAGCAAUCCCAGCUGUCUCCCAGCCAUGGAUACCACGGACGUGCCCCUGCAGGCUGAGAUGGUGGAGCUGGUGCCCAACGGGAAGCACACGGCUGCACUCACCGCCUCCACUGUCCCCUCACUGGCGGGUGACAGAUUUGAAGAGAACCAGACUGGCGUGGCAGAGAUGGAGGAGUUCCUGCCCCACGGUGCUGAGAAGAAGCAGACACACUUCACUGAUUUUGAAGGGAAGACGUCUUUCGGGAUGUCCGUCUUCAACCUGAGCAAUGCCAUCAUGGGCAGCGGCAUCCUGGGGCUGGCCUAUGCCAUGGCCAACACGGGCAUCAUCCUCUUCCUCUUCCUCCUCACAGCAGUGGCCCUGCUCUCCAGCUACUCCAUCCACCUGCUGCUCAAGUCCUCGGGCAUUGUGGGCAUCCGUGCCUAUGAGCAGCUGGGUUAUCGAGCGUUCGGCACGCCGGGGAAGCUGGCAGCGGCCAUCGCCAUCACGCUGCAGAACAUCGGGGCCAUGUCCAGCUACCUGUACAUUGUCAAAUCUGAAGUGCCUCUGGUCAUCCAGACCUUCCUGAACCUGGAGGAGAAGACCACGGACUGGUACAUGAAUGGCAACUACCUGGUGAUCCUGGUUUCUGUCACCAUUAUCCUGCCCCUGGCGCUCAUGAAGCAGCUGGGCUACCUUGGCUACGCCAGCGGCUUCUCCCUCAGCUGUAUGGUCUUCUUCCUGAUCUCGGUCAUCUACAAGAAGUUCCAGAUCCCCUGCCCACUUCCAGAGCAGGAGGGGAACAUCACGGGCAUCCUCAACGUCACCACUGUCAGCACCAGUGACUACCAGAAUGGCUACACGGUGCUCCAGGCUCCCGAGCAGGACACUUGCACACCCAGCUUCUUUACCCUGAACUCACAGACAGCCUACACCAUCCCCAUCAUGGCCUUCGCCUUCGUCUGCCACCCCGAGGUGCUGCCCAUCUACACCGAGCUGAAGGACCCCUCCAAGAAGAAGAUGCAGUGCAUCUCCAACAUCUCCAUCAUGGUCAUGUACCUCAUGUACUUCUUGGCUGCCCUCUUUGGCUACCUCACGUUUUACGACCGUGUGGAGUCAGAGCUGCUGCACACGUACAACAAGGUGGAUCCCUUUGAUGUGCUCAUCCUGUGUGUGCGUGUGGCUGUGCUGACGGCUGUCACCCUCACCGUCCCCAUUGUCCUCUUCCCGGUCCGUCGGGCCAUCCAGCAGAUGCUGUUCCAAGGGAAAGACUUCAGCUGGAUCCGCCACAUCGCCAUUGCUGUGAUCCUGCUGACCUUCAUCAACCUCCUCGUCAUCUUUGCCCCCUCCAUUCUCGGCAUCUUUGGCUUGAUUGGUGCCACCUCCGCUCCCUGCCUCAUCUUCAUCUUCCCUGCCAUCUUCUACAUCCGCAUCAUGCCCAAGGACAAGGAGCCGCUGCGCUCCACCCCCAAAAUAUUGGCUGCCUGCUUUGCCCUCCUUGGAGUGGUCUUCAUGAUCAUGAGCUUGAGCUUCAUCAUCAUCGACUGGGCCACGGGCGGGGGGAAGAGCGGCGGCAGCCACUAGCCACUGCCGGUGCCCGAGCCAACCUCGCCCCCGCCCGCCCGGUGCCCAGGGAGAGCCCACCCUGGGCUCAGCCCCCAUGCUGCAGCCCCACCAGGAUUCCCUGGGGACUUCCGCUGUUGCUGCCCGUCACCUGUGGUGAUGGUGAGAGGGCAUGAGCCAUGGCAGGCAUGGAGACUCCUCGACCUGUGUCCGGGAUGGGGCAGUGAGCCCGGGGCAGGUCCUGUGCCCCCCAGCCACUCCAGCGGGCACCUUCCCUGCUCUGCGCCUCAGUUUCCCCCAUCUGUAAAAUGGGGAGAAUAAUACUGCCCUACCUCACCCGGAGCUGGCUGUCAGCUGGAGCUCUUGUGCACCCCAAGAGCCACCAGCAGCAGCAGGCACUGCCAGGGGCGCAGGGCACUGCCUGCCAUGGGGACCAAGGCUGGGCACUUCCCUGGCCUCCCCCAGAUAGCAUCAAGAGCCUGAUGAACAGUGUCCGUGGGGGCUGGAAUCCAGCGGGGCGGUCGGACCCGUGACAGCACCUGUGCCCAAGCCACCUGCCCUCUCCCCUGCCAUCCCCCAUCCCCAGAGAGAUGCCACCCGCUGCCCUGGCAUUGCAGGGGCACCCCGGUCCCUGUGGACAGGCGUGGCCCUCGUGCUGUGGCUGGUGGUGCUCAGCCUGCUGCUCCUGAGCCUGAGGGGAACUGUUUGCUCCGGGUGCCUGUGGAUGGGACCCUGCUGACCCCUGGGCACGUACGGGGGGGACCAGCUGCAUUGCUCCAGGGAGGUGGCACACAUGCCAUGGGCUUGGCAUCCAUGCUGCGGCGGGGCUGCUGGGGCCUGGUGCA